GUUACCUGUCAAUUAGAAUGGUAUAUUUUUUAGAUCGCAAAAGUUUAGCCUAUUCCAUCGCAUGUGGUUUUUAGGGUCCAUAUCACAAGCUAUUACACAAGCAAAGCUGCAAAAAUCCAUAUUUAUUGUUUUUAUUUAUGGAAAUGAUGAACAAUCUCGUGAAAAUUUAAAAAUUUUAGAGAUGAUAGACAUACAACAAUUAUUUAGUUCUUUUAAAGUUGUAGCAGUUAAGAUACAAGAAUCAUCAUUAGAAAGCAAACAAUUUUCUGAUAUUUAUCCAGUUUUAUUAAUUCCAUCUUUAUAUUUUAUUGAUACACGUGGCACACCUAUUGAUAUUAUUAAUGGAAAUCAGAGUCAUAGUGAAAUGACCAAUAGAAUAUGUCAAAUAUUUGAAAAGUAUUAUAGUAUGGAUAAUAAGAAUGAAUUUAAAGAAAAAGUAUCAAAGACACCAAUUGAAAGAACUAAUAUUUACAAAAAGUUAAAUGUCGAUUUGGGUAGAGAAAGAAUUUUGCAACAAAUUGAAAAUGAUAAAAAGGAAAAGAAAUCCAAAUGUUUAGAGAAAAUAAGUGAAGAAGAUAAAUUAAAUAUGACUAAAACCACAAGUUAUCAUGAUAUGCCAUCACCUACAAGCCCCAAUAUUACUCGUAUUCAAUUUCGUUUUCCAGACGGUUCCAAUAUCACUCGCCAAUACGAUACCUCCACCAAGUUUUGUGAUUUAUAUCAAGAUGUUAAAGAACAAAUUAAAGAUAAAAUUGAUGAAUUUAAUUUGGCUUCCAAUUUUCCACGUCGUGUUUUUGAAAAUAACUUGGAAAACGAUCUCAAAAAUUUAGAUCUGGUGCCUUCCGCAGUUUUGAUCAUUAUUUUAAAAGAAAGAAAAAAUCACUUUGCUAAAAAGUAUUCAAUUGGUAUAGCAAUCUUUCAGGAAUGGGACAUCUUAAGUAAUUGGAUCAUAAAUCCAAUUAUUUAUGUAUCAAACAUCAUUAAAUCAAUAAUUGUAAAACUGACUUCCAAGUUAACGGAUAACUCAAAUAUAAAUGAUCAAGUAACCACAUCAUCUAAUCACGAUAAACCAAGUACGAGUCGCAAUUACAAAAUUGAGAAUCAAAGUUUAAGAUCCAGAAAAAGAAAUAAUCAGAACAAUAAAGAUGCAUCUACGUCGAAUAUAGUUACCCUUAAGGAUGAAUCUGAAAAUUCGGAUGAUAAUAAUACUUGGAAUGGAAAUUCGACUCAGCAAAUGUGAAAUUUAUUUGAUUAUAAUAUUUGGGAUUUUAUUAUUUUUAAAUCGUGUAUAACAAUUUAUUACCCACGAAUUAUAUGUAUCUUAUUUAUACCUUAAUCUAUGAUACAAUAUCUCAUUUUAAUAAAUUUUUAUUGCGCCCCUUGGAAAAAAAUAUAAAUA